CGGCGCGCGCGCGCUCUCUCCAGCACAGUCGCACCUGACGCGCCAAGCAACGCGCACAACAACAUCAACAAGUGUUACAAACUUGCGAAAAGAAUCGCGUUCGAAUUUGACAAUUUGGACCAGCGAGUUCCCAGUGUUUUGUGCUUGUGGACCGAGUGAGUGUGUGAAGGAAAGUGAUUCCAGAGUAUGCGCCAGCGCUGACAGUUUCACUUUCUACGGCGGGACGCGCACGAUGACUCCCGUUAAACAUAUUCGGAUAUGCGCAGUGCUCUGGCUGGCGCUCGCAGCCGCCUGCGCAGCGGAGGGCGACAACAGCACCGCCACCACCAAGGCCAUCCGCACCACCAUCCUGCCGUCGCGGACCACGCGCACCGAGCUCAAGGUCUCCCGCAGCCUCAACCCUCACGAGACACAAACCCUCAACGUCAAAACCCGACAAGGACACGUCACACAGCUAAUCGUCAAGAAAAAAGACGCCAAGUCGACCACGCACCAGUCCAGCACCACGGCGGUGCCCACCACGGUCGCUUUGAAAACUACAACCGCCAAAGUCAAUUCCACCACAGAUGAGGCCAAGAACAAAACCGAAACGAGAGAUCAGAGAAAACUGAACUUCGUUGGCCCCAUCAACAGCGACUUGGCUGGCUACGAUUACUACUCAAAUCGCAAGAACACAGAAGAAUUCAGUGACAUAAAAGCGGAAUACGGAAACUGGUCGCCUGUAUCGGUAUACCCCGAAUCCCACAUUCAGGAAGACGGUAAAAAACCUGACACUGAUCCAGAAACAUCUAACUACUACCCCACUUAUGAUAACGAAAAAAGAACGGAAAACAAAAAAGUAUACAUCACCUCAACCAGCUACUUGGAUUACGGAGGUCCGGUCAAAAACUACAGAUUUGACCCUCAUAAUCCAGUGAUCAAAAAUGAUAGGAACCCCGUAUACAUAGAAGUCGUCAGUACGAAGGUGGCUGACGAGGGUAAGUCGUUUAAGAUCCCCGACCCGGUCGUGAUAAGUUCAGAACCAAUGUAUAUCAAGAAAGCAGUGGAUAAGUACAACAGCAAACGCGGAAGGUCAAUUUUGACCUUAGGAGAUGAUGGUAUUCCUGAAAUUCAGGGUGUAAGAAUGCCAGAUGAUGAGUCUGAUAAAAAAACUUGGCGAAACGCGCGUGUGGUGAACGGAGAACUACAGCCAUACCCUGAGGGCUACACUCCUCCGAAGGCGAUCCCAGAAGCCGAUGUUUACCCGGACUUAUCCUCCUCUGAGCCUGCUAACAGCUUCGGACCUUUCACCAAAGAUGACAAUUUUGAACCCAAAGACGGACCUUUUACUAAAUUCGAUAACUUGAAAUUUGAUGCCGACGUCAUAAAUGACGAUUAUGACAUCUACACCGCAAAUCCAUCGUUUGUUCACAAUCAGAGGUUCGAUAAACAGAAGUCCGGGUACGGUCCUUUCACUAAAGCCGACAAUUCGAAAGUUGCCAACUCGAAACUUAUCGAAUACAUAAAACAAAUAAACGAACAAGAAUUGAAACGAGACUACUUCAGCGGCCGAAGCUCCAGGGCUCACAACGGCGACAUGGAGUACGCCGAGAGCCACAUACAGCGCCGCAUGCUGCAGCACCCUGGAGAGGCCAACUUCCCCAACUCCGUCAUGUAUACUCCCAAGAACGCGAAACCCGGCUUCGAUGAGAGCGUAAGAAAUCCAGUUUUACAAUACGCCCACCCAGAACUAGGCGUUCAGCCUGCGAAGGCAACGCGAGAUAACAUCGACCCCUAUGAAAACAAAGACCGGAAAAUCAAAUACUACAGCAGCGUACCGAAGAGUGCUCAUCCCUACCCUAUGGAACCUAUCAACGGAUACGGCCAGCAACGCUCGCAGAGCCCUAACUCAAACAGAUACUACGAAGACGAAUACAAAAAGUUUUCUUACUACGAAAACAACCACAGCCCUAACCAUUACCCCUACAGCUACGGUUACAUAAAACGGACACCCGAACCGUCUCUCUGGAAGCGAUUCACUGACUCCAUGAAGGAUACUAUCAACUCGGCCAGUCAAACCGUUCAACAAUUCACGAAGCCCAUAAUUGACCCUAUCGCUAAAGUGACACAACCUGUCUUCGACCCCUUGGUAGAGGCAACUCAAAAGAUCACCCACAAUCUGGGUCUGUAUCCGUCCAACUCCAUUCAAACCCAGAGGUAUGCCCAAGAUAAGGUUGGUGUUGCUGCCGUGGCAUCCGGGGCUCCUGCCAUGCUUCCAGCGAUCGGGCUGAUGGCCGGCGGAGCGGCUCUCGGUCUAGGGGCAGUGGCCAUGGGUAGAUUACUGGAUGUCAAUUUAAUGCGCACAGCUGGUCUAACAGAUGGUGACAUUCAAGAUGAAAUCGAAAAGGAACACAAGAGAUCUUUCAUUGGUGCUCCUUAUGACAUUGACAGGAAAAUAUUGAGCACGCAGAAAAUAUACGAUGACAACUACAAGAUGCCGAGUGAGAAUGUGUAUGUUGUCAUGUCGCCCGACGGUAGCGUGGGAGGCAGGUCAAAGCGAGACGUAUCAGCAUACGUUCAGGAGCCACACUACGAGGGAGCCGUUUUGAGGCGAGUAAAAAGGAGGCACAUGGCCAAGAGGUCGUUGGAUCAAGACAUGCCCGAAGAGUUGCAGCACUUGGACGGCAGCCAGGCGCCGUCGUCGCUCACGUCCGCCGCGAUGGACCUCGUGAAGCAGACGGAUUGGCGAGACUCCCAGUGCGCCAAGUUUACGUUCUGCAAAGUGCUGACGUCGCAGUCGUCGGAUUCCAUCUUUGCCAUGGAAAAGAAAAUGGAGUCACUACUCAAGUUGAUCUCCCGCGGCAACAGCGGCAGCGCGGCGCUGGUGGCGCACCACCUGGGUGACGUCAUGGCGGCGAGCCGCGACCACGACUGCGCGCGAUUCGCGUGCCGCCUGCAGUGAUCAGCCAUCUUGCGAUGUUCGGCCCAAUCGCGCUGAUCGCAAGCCACCUUAACGUGGCAACUUAGAUCCAAGACUUAGCUUUGAAUCUAGCUUUACUAGCAUUGACCCCAUGAUGUUGCGUCUUUGAUUUUGAUUGAUUUACUUGCACUCUUUUCGUUUAUUUCGGAUUAGUAUAUCUUCUGGCUAAGAUAUGAUAUGACAUUAUCGUUACAUAAACUGAUAGGUUAGGAAUCAUUUACAUCCAGAAGUUGGGACUAAUACUAGAAAGAAAGAUGUGCAAGUAGUCCAUCAACUUUUGCUUAUUGCUAUCUUCAAGAUUGGUAAAUGCAGGGUCGCAACAUCAAGCUUAACAAUUCAGUCAAGAAACCCACA